ACCCAACUCCUAUCUCCCAAAACUCAAUUUAUCAAAAAUUUCAACUCAAAUUUACACAAAACUUACUACUAACUUAUCUUUCAAUUAUUGAUAGAUCUGCCAUUUUCCCAUUUGGGUUUUGUUACUGAUACCCAGGUGUGGCCACUUACAAAUGAAAUGAUGGUUUGAAAUCGAUCUGCUCCCAAUGGAUCAGGAGAAUAUAUCUUGAAAAAAUGCCACAUUUAGCCAGUAACGAUGGGAAAUAUAUUUUUUAAAACUAAAUGUGGUCUUCUACGGGACUUGAAAAUCUUGAUACAAUGUCUUCUGAUAGAAACUUGAUGAAUAAUAACAGCACCAUCGGUAUUCAGACGAGGCCCUCUGAUUCUUCAAGCAGGCAUAAUCCUCAAACAGGUCUAUUUUCCAGGGAAAAUGACAAUACCGAUUAUUCGUUGGAGGAACAGGAACAAGUUGCACGUGUUAAAGCUCAGAAGGAAGAAAUCCAGCAUCUCCGGGAACAAAUUACCUUUGCUAGUGUGAAGGAACGACAAUUAUUGAAUGAAAAGUAUACUUUGGAGAAGAAAUUUUCAGAGUUACGAUUGGCUCUUGACGAAAAACAAAAUGAAGCAAUUGAGUCCGCUGCCAAUGAACUAGCUCAUAGAAAAGGUGUUCUUGAUGAAAAUUUAAGAUUAGCCCACGAGUUAAAGGUUGCUGAAGAUGAGAGGUAUAUCUUCAUGUCAUCUUUGGUGGGACUAUUAGCCGAAUAUGGGAUUUUGCCUCGUGUGACGAAUGCUACAGCCCUUUCUGACAGCAUAAAGCACUUACAUGACCAAAUGCAGCAGAAGAUUAGAGUAUCACAAGGUCAACAGCAAUUCCCACCUUCUCCCUAUAACAAUCCUGCUGGUGGAAGGCAUUUGGAACAAAAUUAUGAUGUUUCUAGAUACACACCUGAACGUGACAAUGGAGGAAGGAAUAGCCUGAUAAUCAAUAGUCAAAUGAAUCAGUCCCUCGAUAAUGAUAAUCACCAGAAGUUUGCUUCAAGACCUGUUAGUCAGAACACAGAUCAUAUCUAUGAGAAUAAUCAAGUGAAUAAUAGAUUUGAAGACCGGGCCAACAAUAGUUAUUUUCAACCACCCCGGAUGAAUGAUGGGGUUGAUUCUUAUGCUUUAGAAGAAGAUGGCCCAGGUAUAGAGAGUUUCCAAAUUAUUGGGGAUGCAAAACCAGGUGGUAGACUUUUAGGCUGUGGAUUUCCGGUUCGUGGGACCUCACUAUGCAUGUUUCAGUGGGUUCGUCACCUUCAGGACGGCACUAGAGAGUACAUCGAGGGGGCCACAAAUCCGGAAUAUAUAGUUACAGCUGAUGAUGUCGAUAAACUUAUUGCUGUUGAGUGCAUACCAAUGGAUGACCAAGGUCAUCAGGGGGAAAUAGUGCGACUCUUUGCCAAUGAGCAGAACAAAAUAACAUGUGAUCCAGAAAUGCAACAAGAAAUUGACAAAUAUAUGUCAGAUGGUCAAGCAUCAUUUGGUGUUUUGCUUCUGAUGGAUUCCUCUGAGAACUGGGAACAAACAACGUUCUCUUUGAGACGAUCGAGCUACCAAAUAAAGAUCAACCGGACCCAUUCUAUUAUCAUCGACGAGAGAUAUACCAAUGAUAUAUCAAUUAAAAUCCCUGCUGGGGUUAGUACGCAAUUUGUGUUGACACGUCCGAAUGGUUCUUCACAUCCUUUCAAUGCAUUUAAUGAUGUUCGAAUGCGCGACACUGUGGUGCUCACUAUGAGAAUGUUCCAAAGCAAGGCGUUGGAUGAAAGAAGGAAGACAAAAGCAUGAAACUAUUUAUUCGUCGAUAUAGAUAAAGUGAUAUUAUACGCUCAUUCUUUGUAGAAAUGAAGUAACGAACAAUAAGACUUCUUUAGAAGGUUUUGUUAUUUAGAUCGGAAUCAAUGGGUCAGAGUGACAAGGGUGUGUUAUUUUACUUCAUUUUCUACUUGAUUUAAACUUUCUGUAAAAUGUCAAGGCUCUACUAAAAUUCUUGCAGUAUAGAAAGAUCUUCAUUACCCGGCAUGAAAAAACAAAAAUUGCGUAAACUAAUGGAUCACGGGUUGUCUUUGUUGUCUUUA